AUGGCGGACACCGAUACGGAGACGCUGCCGAACGGCACCGGCCACCUGCUGACCGCAGCCAGCAACGAGGAUGAGGAGGAGAGGAUGAAGCAGAGGCCCGCAGACAUCGAUGCGGACGUGCGCGAGAUGGAGCGCCGCAAGCGGGUGGAGGCGCUCAUGUCCUCGAAGCUGUUCCGCGAGGAGCUGGAGCGCGUGCUCGACCAGCAGAUGCACGAGGGCAGCGAUGCGCCGCUGCUGCAGCGCAUCAGGGAGAUGGUCGGCGGCCGGCUGCACACCGGCAGCCUCAGGGGCCCUAGCUGCGUGCUGCCCAUCAACGACAUACGCGGCAUCGAGGGCGUCGGCUACGAGAAGGGCGAGAAGAUCCUGCGCUGCAAGCUGGCUGCGGUCUACCGGCUGGUCGACCUCUUCGGAUGGACCCAGACCGGCGUGAGCGGCCAGAUCACCGCGCGGCUGAACACCGCCGUGGAGCAGGUGCUGACCACGCCGCGCGGGCUGCUGCCCCACGAGGUGACCGCCUCGUCGCUGGUCAAGGUGGACAUGCAGGGCGUCGUGCAGGACCAGGGCACGACCAACUUCCCGGUGAACGCGGAAGGUUUCUCGCUGCACGCGUCCGUGCACGCCGCCCGGCCGGACGUGCGCUGCGUGCUGCACGUGCGCUCGGCCGCCGCUCUCGCCGUGUCCGCCACCCGGCGCGGGCUGUUGCCGCUCUGCGCCGAGGCGGCGCUGCUCGGCCCGCUCGCGCAGCACCGCACGCCGCACGGCAACCUGGACAACGAGGAGCGCGACAAGCUGGUGCGCGCGCUGGGCCCCAGCGCGAAGGCGAAGAACCUGAACGCCGCCUGCGAGGUGCAGCUGCGCCUCGGCGCGCAGCCGCCGGAGGAGCUGCACCUGCUGGACGAGGAGACCAGGCGCCAGAUCUACGAGUCGUCGCGCAAGCCGCCGGCGGACGCGGGCAAGUGGCGAGUGGGCGGCGAGGAGUUCGAGGCGCUGAUGCGGAUGCUGGACAACGCCGGGUUCCGCACCGGCUACAUCUACCGGCACCCGCUCGUCAAGAACGACGUGCCUAAGCCGAAGAACGACGUGGAAGUGCCGCCAGCGGUGUCCUCGCUCGGUUAUCUUCUAGAAGAGGAGGAGCUCUACAGGCAGGGGCUUUGGAAGAAGGGCCAGGGGAAGACGGGCGAGCGCACGCGCUGGCUGAACUCGCCCAACGUCUACCAGAAGGUGGAGGUGCUGGAGACCGGCACCAGCGACCCGAAGAAGAUCACCAAGUGGGUGGACGCUAACAACGAAGAGUGGGUGCAGGACGGCUCGCCCGCGCACUCGAGCACCCCCGUGAAGAUAGACACGCUGCAGUUCGUGCCGAAGAACACCAACCCGAAGGAGUUCAAGCAGCUGCAGCAGCAGAUUAAGGAGAACCGUCGCGCGGACAAGAUCAGCGCUGGGCCGCAGUCCCACAUCCUGGAGGGCGUGACCUGGGACGAGGCGGCGCGUCUGGUCGGCGAGGACGCAGCCAACACGCACACCGGCGACCACGUGGUGCUGAUGGGCGCCGCCUCGAAGGGCAUCAUCCAGCGCGGCUACCAGCACAACGCUACAAUGUACAGCGCGCCGUACGCGCGCAACCCCUUCGACCACGUCACCGACCGCGAGAUCGACGAGUACAAGCGCACCGUCGAGCGGAAGCAGCGCGGCAACGAGUACGACACAGAUCUAUCCGAGUCGGAAGCGGUCAGCGGCGCCCAGAUCACCUCGCCGGCCAGCGCCCCCUCCGAGACCGAGGAGGAGUCGCGUGACGAGCACCGCGUGCUACGGAUAGAGACGAAGCAGGUGCCCGUGCGCAGCCAACCCGAGCUGGUGCUGAGCGACGUUGACACCACCGACUUCCUGAAGGCGGAGCGGGAUCACGCCGAUAUGACCAGAGAGCCCGAGCGAGAUCCGAACCUGCUGUCCGACGACGAGGUGUUCCUGGACUCGACCGCGUCGACGGGCACUUCGAGCGUGAUCGUGCCCGCAACGUCCACUGUGGUGGUGCGGCAGUAUACCGCCGCGGCGGCAGUGCAAGGCGCGGUUGGCCGAGGUCAGAAAGGGUUGGCCGGGGAUGGGGGUAAACUAACAACCGAGCGCGUCACCCUCGAGGAAGCACUCGCAUCUAACUCACGCUCGAAGCAUGGCUAUUCGCGCAAUCCUAACAUUGACGAUUUCAUAUUGAAAUUCGACUCUAGCGACAUCGAAAAACACCCGAAGUGCAAAACGAGUCUCAAUCUUAAAUUGAACUCUGCCAAUUGUACGGACGUGUACAAAAGCUGCGAACUCGUCAGCGGCACCAGUCUGAGUUCGAUACCGUCGAUAGACUCGGACCUUAGGGUUCGCGGUGGUCAUUCGUACUGCACUCACUCCCUCCCGCGACAGAGGGUUCGGGGCUCGGCUAGCAAAAUUUAUAGGACCCGUUCGUAUAGCGGCUUCGUUAAUUCCUACAUCAGAGAUCCCGUACCCAACCACUUCCACUUACCUGAACACCGUACUAGAUGUUCGUCAGAGCAUUCGGACGGAUAUAUCGCAACGGACUCCGACCUUUCGAAGUACAAAUCGCGCAGCUCGCUCUACUACUCCCUCGACAACAUCGAUAGGAAAUUUCCAGACGAACACUAUUCGGAAUUCAAAGUGAACGUAGUCAGAGUGUUAGAGAAAUCAGUGCCGGUGUACCAAGUCGACCUAAAACCGGCGGCCGAAUUCGUGGAGAGUCAAGAGUUCACCGAGGACAAUUAUUUGGACGACAUGAACGAUAGCUUGUCAACAGAGAACCAAACUGUCGUUGAAAAUCGCGACGGUGACGCAUUUGUGAAGAGGGGGACUUCAAAAGAAGGGAAAGCUGCAAAUAUAGAAAUCAAAGAUGACAGAGGAGAAAAGGUCAAUAAUGAUAUAUCUGAACGAGAUGUAGAUAAUGCGAAUCCGAGUGAGAUUUCGACAGUGGAGGGAGAAUACCAUAGUUUCCAAGACGAUACCGAUUACGAAGAAGCCGUUUACGACAGCCCCGUGAAGAAACUAAUGGAAAAAGACAUUAGGGAUUACUCUGUUCCGAUCGACUUUUUCUGCUCCGACUACGGAAGGAGUAAUGCCGCGCCACCAAAGUCGCCUAGGCAUGACAUGGGCAAAAUUGUCCUCGAACCGAUAUUGGAGGAGUCGAAGAGCUCUAAUAGCGAUGACUCAAACGUAAGUAACAUCAGAUCUGAAAAUAAAGCAUCGAUAGAUACACCAUCUGACGUCGGGAAGGUUUGUGCUGAAAACAAUAGUAAUAAUGAAUUGGAAUCCGAUAAAGAAAAUAUGAAAAUAAAUCCAAGUGGAAAAUUAACAUCCGAUUCUGUAGAAAAAACCUCUGAAGUUAUCUUAAACGAGCACACGUUCCGCGUUCCUUAUAAACGAGAUAAAACGAAAAUAGAUGAUAAAGCAAUAUCGGCUGGCGACAGAGUGCGAUCGAGUUGCAACAGUCUCACUAAUUCGGACGCUGGUCACAGCUUCGAUUCCACAGCGGAAUUCGAGAAAUUUGAAGUUGUGACCGAAGUGCUCGGCAUUAUAAUCAACCGGAUCAACUUUGAAAUCUCAAUAACCACACCAACGCCUCCGAACAUCUCUGAGAAUAAUAAUUUUGAGGAAACCGAUCGAGCUUCAGUCGAUGGAGACACUUUUUCUAUAGUGCAGAUAGUAGAAAGUAUGGAAAGACACGUGAGCCUUGACUCAACUGAUUUGACGGACGCUAGUGAUGCAAAUUGCGAACAAACGCAUGGAAUAGUCGAGGCUAUUGUUUAUUACGUUUUCGAUGCAGCAUUCUACUUCGCAACUCACAGACACAAGAGGAAAGAUAAGCCCGCUAAGCAAGUUGUUACCGUUGCCGACAGCGAAGAUAUACUAUUCACGACCGCGCCCCAAUUUUUAAGAAUCGACACGGAUGCUGCUGAAAACGUAGCCCCGAUUAUAUCUGAAAUAGUUGAGGUUAGCUCGAGGUUAGAUAAAUCAUUCAAUUUUGAGGGCAAUGAAUUUUUAAAAGAAGAUGAGGAUAAAGCUAUUGAGAAUAUUUCUAAUAUUAAAAUGGAUAUGGACGAGAAGGCAACCGAUGACAAUCUCAAAGAUCUACUAACCUCUGCCCCGGAUAAGAUUUUGCAUGGAUAUGGAUUGGAAAUUAGAGUUGACAAUUUUGAUGUCAACGAUAGCGAAUGGUCUAUUCAGUGUCAAUGCAGUGAUACCUUAGAAGGAUCUGAGGAAGUUGCAUCAAUACGCUACGCUCUAGAAAAUUCAGAAGCCAGCUCGGUAGCGACACUACAAGGAUCAGUAGAAGAGACUACAGAUCCUGGGCUGAACGAAACUUUUACUCUGACGACAGGUGAGUUAGGGAAUCUGAACACGGCGUUUGUCGAAGAUACGAAUGAUACAUACAGCCGCUCGUCUUCUCCAAGACGGUGGAAUUCCAUAAUGGAUCGUUGCACCGAGUCGCCGAUCUUGAACACGGACGCCUCAUUCGCCGGCAGCGAGUUGAGCGUGCCGUACGAAAAGGACGACACCAUAUUGGGCUCUCCCUUCAUCAGGCGCGCGCCAGUCAUCGCCAUGUCGCAGACCGAGAACAGCCGCGGCGUCAAGUACUGGCUGUCGUUCGACGAUAGCAUCACAGAGUCGAGUGAUAGACCUGGCCGCAGGAGUGUCAAAAUCACACAGGAGGACAAAAAAAUGCCCAGUUUCUUAUCCAUAGAUUGUGGUAGAGGUCGCAGACGGACAGCUGACUGGAAUACUAGAAAGUUGGCCGGAAAUUACGAUGCUGGAGAGGGAAACAUAGACUGGACUUCGGGAGAAGUAAGGGAUUGCGGUGAUGAAGAGGUAUCGAGAGAUAUACCCGUUGGAGACGUAUCUCAAGACUGGAACGCGGGAGAGCCGACUAGAAAUUGGGAUUUCGGAGAGCUGAGAGAUUGGACAACAGAAGGGGCUACUGGAAACUGGCACAUAGCAGAGUUCUCAGCGAAUCGGAACUGCGUGUUACUCAAGGACGAUCGGAUACACGGCAGCGUAAAUUCGACGAGUUACAACACCGCGUCGCCCUCUAACGCCGAUUACACAACUUGCGAGUCUUCUACCAUCGGAGCGAACGACACUAAGGUUUCGGAGAGACUUAUAUACGAUUCGAGGGCCGACGCCAAACGGUCUGGUCGCAGGCUGUACUCCAGUUGGCCGCCGUACGAAGAAACCCUUCUAUAUAGGAUAAUAUCCCAGUUCAGGAUGUCCGAGAGCUUCGAUCCUAGCUCGUUGCAGCUCGACAGCAGCUUA